ACAUAUGAGUUUGUUAUACAACUUUGAUUUGUCAAAGUAUUUUAAAAAAAUGUACAAGUUAAACAGUGUAGAAAAUAUGGAUUUUUAUAAUCUAAAUUUAAACUUAUUGGGUGAGAUAUUUUAUUUUUGACAAGCAAUUCUUUUUUACCCAUACCAGUUUAAAAUUACAACAUAUCUAAUCUAUUUUCAAGAUCCUAACCAAAUACUUUUGUUGAGGGUUGGUGAUACCUUGUCAACCAGGGUAAAUAGCUGGUCAAAAGUGAGCUAUGCUCAAAGAAUAUAAUUUGAAUGCACAAUAACUUUUCGGCAUUUGGAAUUCAAAAAUUGCAACUGAUCACUGCAACCAGAAUGAAAGAUGUUGGACCCAGUAUCUCAAUUCUAUCAAUUCUAACCUCUAUAUCAGUGUAUGCCCCAGUCAGGAGUGGGGUGGCCUCAAACAAUCUCCACUUCCCGUCCUAUCAAAACGAUGACGAAGAUCUAAGUUAUUACAACUUUUUCUUGAACCUACCGUCACAAUACAAAAAUAUCACUCAAAUAAAAGAAUUUGAAGACUUGGAGGAGAAGUAUGAACGCGAUAAUGACUGGAGAAAUACUAGAAAAUCUUUAUUUUGGGGAGAGGUAACCCAAACUUCACCACUGUUUUAUGAAGAUGCCGGGGAGAGGUUUGAUGAUUUGGGUGAGGAUUUUGAAGAUGAAAAAGAUGGUUUGCAAGAUGGUAGGGUCUGGCAUUCCGAAAAUCUGUAUCGGAGGAGGAAGAAUGUGGAUUCUAAUCGGUAUCUACAGGAUUUCCAUUGGUUAGAUUACACUAAACCUAAUGUUAAACGGUUUCUGUCUCAUAGGAAUAAGAAGAGAGUUACACGGUUGAAUGAGAAAGGAGAUUCUCGAGAAUUCCCCAACCAAAUUUCCAAAGAGAAUGUUUUAAAAGAGCUGGAAAAUGUGGAGGAAAAUCGUAGUGGGAGUAAGAAGGUAGAGAAUAGUGCAAAUGAAGGUGUAACACGUGCAUCAAAUACGGAAUUUGUUGGUACAACAAGUGAUCUUAUGGAUUUACUUUUCAAAAUUGAUGAUGAAAGAGAUAAACAUGAUAAGAAGGAUGAAAUAGAUGACAAAAUGAAGGAUAAAAGUAGCAAUAAUGAUGAUAAAAUUGGUGAAAAGAGUGAGAAAGAUGAUAGAAGUGAUGAACAAAGGAACACAGAUACAAGAAAUAAUGAAAAAAAUGAAAAAGUGAAUGGGCAGAGAAACAAUGAAAAGAAUGAGGAAAGUGAGACAAACACACAAGAAACGGUGGGGGACGGAAAGGAGAAUGAUGACAAGAAGAAACAUGAAGAAGAGAAGAAGAAAGUAGAUAAAGCGAAUGAGAGUGGAGAGAAACAGGGUGAUAAAGCGGAAAGUACAAGGAAGAAUAUAAAAAGUGAGGAGAAGAAAGAUGGAGAUGGAAAGGAUACGAAGAACGAGGUGCCAAAGGAAAAUCAGAAAGAUGGUUGCAACGCCGUUCCUGUGAAGCCUGAUAUCAUAACUGGACAGCUUUAUUCAACGAUAAUCAACGAGCCCUACUCAACAGUGACGGACUUCUGGAACAAAGCACUGGAGCAACGAUUCCAGGGUGGCUUCGAGACUGCCCGUACACUGAAAGUGAUCGUAAUUCCGUUCUCCCACAACGACGCCGCGUGGCUGCGUACAUUCGACGAGUACUACUUCGAGAAAUCGCGAAAGAUACUCGACAACCUGACAAGGGAACUGCUCAAGUACAAAGAUAUGACUUUCGUGUGGUCCGAGAUUUGCUUUCUGAGCAGGUGGUGGAAGAGUGCAAGCCGACAGCUGAGAGAGGACUUUCUGGAUCUUGUGAGAACAAACCGAAUUGAAAUUUGCCCUGGAGGAUGGGUGAUGCCUGAUGAAGCUUGUCCACAUCUGUUUGCAUUACUAGUUCAGUUAACCGAAGGUCACAUGUGGGUAAAAGACAACCUGGGAGUCCUCCCGAAGGUUGGCUGGUCGAUAGACCCGUUUGGCCACAGCAGCACCCUGGCCUAUAUGAUGCAGGAGGCUGGGCUCACUCAGGGCAACGUCAUUCAGAGAGUGCAUUUCGGCUGGAAGUCCUAUCUGGCCAAACGCAAGGCCGGCGAUUUUGUCUGGAAACAGGCUUGGGAUGACCAGAACACACACGGCUUACUGACGCAUCACCUUCCGUUCAACAUCUACAGCGCAUCAGUGUCGUGUGGUCCCCACGCCGAGGUGUGUCGUCAGUUCGACUUCAACCUCUCGUCAGCCACCACCGUCACCUAUGGCAAUGUCAAGGCCAGGACCGAGCUGCUUUUAAGCGAAUACUGGCGCACUGGGUCACUCUUUCCUCACAAUGUUGUCAUGGUGCCCCUAGGCGACGACUUCCGGUACACCAACCCUCAGGAAUUCGCCGCCCAAUACAGAAACUAUAAAGCGAUCAUGGACUACGGUAACAGCGACAAAAAACUGCGCACUGAAAUCUCAUUCGGGACACCCUCUGACUACUUCAAAAUCGCCAGCCGACGUCUGUGCAAAUUCCCCAUCCUCCAGGGCGAUUUCUUCCCCUAUGCAGACUACGACGAAAAAGGCGCCGCCUACUGGACUGGGUACUACUCCACAAGACCACACCAUAAAAAACUUACACGUAUUGCGGAAUGGAAUUUGAGGUCUGCUGAGAUAUUGUUCACGUUAGCUCUGAAUAUAGCAAGGCAGAACCGUGUGGAACAUGAUAAUCUACGAAGAUUGUUCCAAAAUUUGAUAAAUUCUAGGAGGCAGCUCAGUUUGUUCCAACACCACGACGGAAUCACAGGCACUUCCAAAGCAUACGUGAUGGAGGACUUUCGAAACCGGCUUAUCGAAUCCAAUACCAACUCCAUUUUGGUGCAAAGUGGAGCGAUCCAGUACAUUUUUGGAUCUGCAACCCCGGAUCCCGUAGAAUACUCCCCCACCAACCUCACCCCUCUAACGAUCAUCAUCAAGGAACAGGAUUUAUCUUCAUCCAUGUUCACGCGUAUAAUCCCGGGGUCACCUCAGAAGAUAGUUGUUUUCAACCCCUUGGGCAGCAAACGACAGGAUGUGUUGAGGAUAAUUGUGUCCAACCCUUGUGUUGAUAUCAAGGAUAUAUCGACAGGUAAAAUGGCUCCCUACCAAGUGAACCCUGUGUGGUAUAUACACGAGUACGCCCUCUACCAACCGAUACAUUUCUCGAGGGUUUAUGUCAAGAAAACUGAGUUUGAGUUGGUAAUCGUGUUGGAUCUGGAACCGUUGGCACUGAAAGUCUACGAGAUAUCUGAAUUCAGUGAUAAGAAGUGUUGUUUUGUGAAAACACUGAUUGAGAAAGCAGAAAAAGAGGAAGAAGAUGGUAAAACUGAGGAUGGGGAAGGUGUAUCUAUACCUGCCAACUUUCAUAGACCUCCCCAUUUUGCCUCAGUCUACUCCCUAACUAAAGCAUCUGUGGAUACUUAUGGUAUAUUCACCUCGAAAACCAUACAAGUCGAUUGGUUGAUUUUGGAGAAUGACGAUAUUGUGGUGAAUAUUGAUCAGAGCUCAGGAUUUAUCACAACCAUCAAACGAAAAGACACAAACGAAACUUUCAAAGUGGAUCUCAACUACCAUGGUUACCAUGGAGAAGAAGGUAGGAGUGGUGCAUAUAUUUUCAAAACCACUGGUAACCAAACUAGUCCCGAUUGUACCGAUAUCGAGUUCAUGGUAAUUCAUGGUCCAAUCUUAACUGAAACUAUACUAAUUUUCCACGGGAGUUCCCAACAUACGACAAGGAUCUUCCAUGUUUCGGGACCUCUAUCACAAGCCGUUCAAGUUGAAACCAUGGUGAACCUAGCUACAGCUGAGAUUAAUGAGAAUACAGAGCUGUUUUUGAAGUUGAAGACCGAUAUAAAAAAUGGGAAUCCACCGGUGUUUUACUCGGAUUCCAACGGGUUUCAAACCCAGAGGAGACAGAAGGUUUGCGGGGCGGGAAUUGAGAGUAACUUCUACCCGAGUACCACUUGUGUGUAUAUUGAGGAUGAGAAGACAAGACUCUCUGUGUUGACGGAGCAAUCUCAUGGGGUUUCUUCUAACCAUCAGGGACAGAUUGAGAUGAUGAUGGACAGAAGGUUGCACAACGAUGAUGGGAGGGGUAUGGGGGAGGGGGUUUUGGAUACUAGGAAAGCUAUCUUCAGUUUUUUUCUACUUCUAGAGCAAUUUAAAACCCCUAGUGAUGGUCGCUCAAAAAUCAGCCUACUAGCCCAUGCCCUAAUCGACAUGCAAACCUACCCUAUCAACGUUUUCUACUGGAAACCAUACUACCCUGUAACCUGUCCCCCGAAGUUCAACGCUCUACUAAACCAGGGUCUACCCUGUGACUUGAGAAUUGUGAACCUACGUACCUACUCACAUCCCAACACCGAAAACUACCCUUUGAAUUCAGCCCUUAUGACCAUUCAUAGAAGGGCGUUCCGCAAUGAUGAGUAUGGAGUCCUGAAACGGUCGUGUAGUUUGGGCCCUAGGAAAAAUGAGUCGGCAGCGUUUUUGGAAGGGACGCGAUUCAAACAUCUGGAGGUGGAAAAGAUUUUGAGGGUGUCUUUGACUGGGUUGUAUGAGGGUCUUGCAGUAGAUUGCUUGAAUCAGAUUGUGGUGGACAGUUAUGAGAUGAAAUCUGUCAGGAUUGACUUCAAAUGAAUUCUUCUUCAUAAGGCAAUUUCAACUAAAAUGAAUUAUUGAGGAGAGGUAUACGAGAACUUGAUAAACAGCUUCAUGAGGAUGUAGGAUAGACUAACAAUGGAGUAAUAAUAUUGUUUUUGAAGGUAUAUUUGAACUGAAAUAAACAAUUUAUCAAACAGGAGUAUAAGUAAUCUUGAAAAACAGCUUACGAGGUUGAAAGUUUGUUGAGCAUAGAAGUAAUAGUAUUGAGAAUGAAGACAAGCUUGAUUCUGCACAUGUUAACUAGAAAAACAGCUUCAUGAGGAUGAACGAUUGACAUACAAAUUACAAGAGAGUUAUAUUGAGGUGAAAAACAAUCUUGCAAAGAAAGACAUACAAACUUAUAAGCUACAUGUUGAGCAUCAUCUCAAACUUGAAUAUUGUAACGAGCAUAGUGUUGCAGUUCACUAAAAUUCAAGCAAGAUUGGUGUGGAAUUGAUCUGAUUGAUUCCAAAUUCCUGAAAUUGUUGACAAUCGGAGCUCUAUCAUAUCAAUAUUAUUACUCGCUGAUUUAUGGAUUAGAUCGCUCAUGAAGAGAUUUCGUAAGAAUUUUAAAUUCUUGAAGUGGGAUUCUCUGGAAUGCGGGGUUUUUGUGAGAUGCAUUGUAUCCACAUUCAGCCAUCUACGUAAUACUAAUCGCUCAAUGGAGUGGAAAGUUACUGGGAGUGAAUUGGUAUUAUAGUUGUAUGUAUUGGGAUAAUUUGAAAUGUAUAGUAUUGUACAAAAUGAUUGAUAAUAAAGAAAUAUGCACUGGAA